GGGGCCUUUUGUACGCCAGCUCCGCGGCCUGCGCGCGGCCCUCACGCGACUCCCGGAGCAGGGGCCUUGAGGAGCAGCAGCACGGGUACAGGCAGAACUCUCAGUCCUGCGUGACAGACUGAACUACAAUGAUAGACUGAUCAAAGGCAAAAGAGAUGGAGGGGAUGGAAUCACGAGAGCAGAUCACAGUGCUGGAACAGGCCCUGGAGCAGGCGGCAUGGGCCGUGUUCCAGCAGUCUCUUCAGGGCUGGACUGAAAAAGAAGCAGCUCUACAGCCAAUGCUGCAGCCAGAACCUUCCAACUCCUGUGACAAGACAGCCUCGCAGGACUCUUGGUGAGAAAAUUGGAACCAUUGAGGCUUCACAGGGUUACACCAUGAGGUUUGCAUGGAUGAUUGCCAGCCAGAACCUGCCACAAUGGCCAGUGUAUGGAGAGAAUAAAUGGCUACCUCUGCAGCUGUCACACAGGUUCCACGUGCACUGAAGAUGUCAAGAGUUGUUCAUCGUCCCCUUGUCAGAAUGGAGGGAGUUGUGAGGACUUGGGAAGGGGAUACCGGUGCGUCUGCCCUCAGCAGCCCCUAGCCUACACGGGCACGAACUGUGAACUCCUCUAUGAUGCGUGUGCUGUGCACGCGUGCUCCACCAAUAAAACCUGCCGCACAGUGCCAGGGCUCCAGGAGUAUGAAUGCAUCUGCAGGCCUGGCUUCACAGGUAUCGAUUGUAGUGUUAAUAUUAACGAGUGUGAGAGCAACCCUUGCAAAGAGCCGCAUUUUGAAUGUGUAGAUAGUGUAAAUGGAUACACCUGCCAAUGCCAAACAGGACUGACUGGAGAAGGCUGCCAAACAGCAAUCUCUCUGUGCUCUAGCCAUGCCUGCCUAAAUAACGGGACCUGCGUCCAGAGUGCUGAGGAUUAUGUCUGCUUCUGCCUGCCUGGCUUCACUGGGGACCAUUGUGAGCACGACGUCAACGAGUGCGCCUCCAGCCCGUGCCAGAACGGGGCCAUCUGCCGGGACAUGGUGAACGAGUACAAAUGUUUCUGUGUGCCUGGGUUCCAAGGGUACCGCUGCGAGAUAGAUAUCAACGAGUGUGCAUCCCGGCCCUGCAAAAACAAUGGCACCUGCCGGAACGAGAGGGAUCACUAUAUCUGCGAGUGUGUCCCUGGCUACACAGAUGUAAACUGUGAUGCUGAAAUAAAUGAAUGCGACUCGGACCCUUGCGAGAACGGGGGCACAUGCAGUGACCACAUUGGGUUCUUCACCUGCACCUGUGCGCCAGGCUACGAAGGAGUCCAGUGCGAGGUGGACAUCAAUGAAUGUCUGAGCCAACCAUGUAACAAUGGUGGGAAGUGUCUUGACCUAGUUAACAGCUACCAGUGUGACUGCAGCGACACAGGCUUUGAAGGGGAGCACUGUGAGCUGGAUAUCCUCGAGUGUGCCUCCCAGCCCUGCCUGAACAGUGCCACGUGUCUGGAGGGGGUCAAGAAUUAUAGCUGUGCCUGCUGGCCAGGUUACAUGGGGCAACGCUGUGAGGAGGAUGUGGAUGAGUGUGCCACAGAGCCCUGUCACAAUGGAGGUGUGUGCUUCGAACGAUCCAACCAGAGCUACUAUGGGACGCAGCCAGACUUCCCCCAUGAAUUCAACUACAGCCAAGCUGCUGGUUUCCUCUGCUGGUGCCAACCAGGCUUUGAAGGGGAGACCUGCUCCGUCAACAUCGAUGAAUGCGAGUCCCAGCCAUGUCAGCACGGAGCACGCUGUGAAGAUCUGGUUAACAGCUUCCUUUGCCAUUGCCCACCGGGAUACUCAGGUGUGGAGUGUGCCGUUGACAUCAAUGAGUGUGAAGAUGGCCCCUGCGAGAAUGGGGCUGCCUGCGAGGAUGGCAUUGCUGACUACACCUGCCGCUGCGUCCCCAGCCAGAAUGGCACUGUGUGGGGCGGGAAGAACUGCUCCAUCCAGCUCACUGGCUGCCAGACACAUGACUGCCAAAAUGAGGCCCUCUGCACCCCAACGUAUGUGGCAGGGAGCCAUGGCCACCUUUGCCAGUGCCAGCCUGGCUUCUACGAUGCCACGUGCUCAACCCCAACAACCUUCUCCUUUGCCUCCAGGACAUUUCUCCCCAUUGACAUGUCCACAGGCGAUUGGAGCAGGAAGGACGGGGCAGGGGUUCCUGUGGCCAGCGUGUCCCUCCGGUUCAGAACCACACUGCCUGAUGCCAUCCUCUUUUACCGAGGCCAGGAAGAAGCCUACCUGUUCCUGGAGCUCUCUGGUGGCACACUGCAUGCAGGGGUGCAAAGAAACAACUCCAAGUCCUCUUUGGCCUUGGAGGGACUGAAGGUUGAUGAUGGCCAGUGGCAUAAAGCUGAGGUUCUUCUGCAGGACUCGGUGGAGUUAAAGCUGUGGCACGAAUCCUGUGAUGCAGGAGUCUGCCUGCAGAGUGCUGUGGUUGGGGACAGUGCCACUCUGCUCCCACCAGCCUUCCUGAAAGCCUACGUUGGGGGGGUUGAUGGCAGCGGGAUAGCCAACACCACGCGCAGCCGGCAGGGUUACAUCGGCUGCCUGCAGGACCUGCAGGUCGAUUCCCAGGCUGUCCUUCCCCUGGAUCUCCUUCCCAAUGCAUCCUCCCUGGCAGCGCUGGGCUGCGACAGGACGGAGUGGUGCCAGGCCCAGCCCUGCUCUCAUGGAGGCUCGUGUGUGGACCUUUGGGCGACCUUUAGGUGCAACUGCUCCAGGCCUUAUGAAGGUCUCACCUGCUCGUACGAGUAUCCGGCAGCAACGUUUGGCCUGGAGGAUUCCUCCAGCUUUGCCUCUUUCACGCUUGCAGAUAAUCCCAUGGCCGACUUCAGUGUCUCCUUUUUCAUCCGCACGCUGAAGCCAGAGGGCCUGGUGCUGCAGGUCCACGAUGGGACCGGACCCUGCCUCACUGUGUACCUGAAGGACGGCCGGCUGCUGCUAGAGACACCGUCUGCAGGCCCCAUGGCGCUCUCCGAAGCGCUGGCUGAUGGGAAGAGACACUUGGUGACACUCUCCUCCCGAGAAGGAGUAGCUUACGCCAGUCAUUCAGACAGAGAGGUGGAGCUCGGGCACCUGGGUGUGAAGCCUCUUGCAGCUGGCCACGAGUUGUAUGUUGGUGGGCUUCCUCAGCAAGAAAGCAUGGGGACAUGGGGAGGCUAUUUUAAAGGCUGUCUUCAAGACAUCCAGCUCAACAACCAUCGCCUGGAGCUUUUUGCUCAUCAGGCAGACAACUACAGCCUACCACGGGAGGCGUAUAUGGGACGAACUACUGGCCUCAUGCAGGGCUGCAUCUCUGACGACACCUGCAAGUCCAAGCCGUGUCACAAUGGCGGUGUGUGCACUGUCACCUGGAAUGACUUCAGCUGUAGCUGUCCAGCAAACUUCACAGGGAAAACCUGCGAGGAAAGAGUCUGGUGUGAAAGUGCCCCCUGUCCCAAAGCCACCGCCUGCGUGGAUGUCCCGGCAGGCUAUGUCUGUCUGGCGAAUGCCACGUUUUAUGGCCACGCUGCCACCGAGUUCACCACCAACGCUUCGGUGACCAGAACACUCAGCAGCGUACGCUUGGACUUCAGAACCAGGGACACGGAUGCCAUUUUGCUUCGGGCCACUGAAGCGGUGGGCUCCCUCCAGAUCGCCAUCCAGAACUCCUCGCUGCUCGUGGAGAUGAGCAGUGGGAACAGCAUUGAGGGCGCCAGCUUCCGGAGUCGGUUGCCUGUCACCGACGGGGCCUGGCACACCGUCUCUUUGACCAUGGAGGAGCCGUCGGCACUUUCUUCACGCUGGCUGGUUCAUUUGGACAGUUCCAUGAAUGCAACUCUCCAGGGCAGGGCUGGGGACUUGGCUUUCUUGAGGACCAAUGCACUGAUUGUGCUGGCUGAGAAUUUCACAGGCUGCCUUGGAGAAGUGACCAUUGGGGAAAUCCACUUGCCCUUCACUGCCCACCUCCCUUACCCUCAGCCCGAGCAGUUCCUGCAGGCUGGGGGCAGUGCCAUUCAGCUGGGCUGCACGGGGGCUGAUGUGUGCGGGUCAAGUCCUUGCCUCAAUGCCGGCACUUGUGAGGACCUGUUUGAUUCCUUCCGCUGUGCUUGCAGCACAGGGUGGGCAGGCCCGCUCUGCGAGGCCAACAUCGAUGACUGCCAGGCCAGCCCGUGCGUCCACGGGACCUGCGUGGAUUUGGUGGCUGACUUCCAGUGUGAAUGUGCCCCGGGAUUUGUGGGGAAGAAGUGCGAUGUGGACGUGGACGACUGUGGGCAGCACCAGUGCCUACACAGCGGGACCUGCGUCGAUGAAGUCGCCGGCUAUUCCUGCAAGUGCCUGCCAGAGUACUCCGGCCCACGCUGCGAAUGGCCGUUUCCCCCCGAACAAUGCGGCAAAAACUUCACCUGCCUGAAUGGUGGCAAAUGCACCAGUGGCCCGUGGGGAGCCAACUGCACCUGUAAGCCGGGUUUCACCGGACGGAACUGUCAAAUUAAUAUCAAUGAGUGUGAUCCAAACCCGUGCCAGAAUGGAGGGACAUGCCAGGACGCGGUGAACAAGUACGAGUGUGUGUGCAGUGCAAGCUACACAGGGGAGCACUGUGACAUUGAUAAAGGGACUCCAGGUGCUUUCUUCCCAUUCCCAUUACUUGAAGUAGCUGUCCCUGUAGCCUGUGGCUGUUUACUCCUGGUUAUUAUUGGUCUCAUAUUCAUGAUUCUCACUGCAAGGAAGAGGCGCCAGUCAGAGGGAACCUACAGCCCCAGCCAGCAAGAGGUGGCAGGAGCGCGCUUGGAGAUGGACAGUGUCCUGAAAGUGCCACCAGAAGAACGCUUAAUAUAGGUGUCGCCACGGCAAGGAGCUGCACGCCAGGGUCUGCUUAGACCUUGUGACUUUUCCAGCACUUGCUCCAGCAGAUCCAUGCGAGCUCAGUCCCUCUGAGGCAUGGCGACGAGGCCGUGGACUUACAAGUGCCUGGAAGAUUGUUUUAGCAAUGGCUGUUCCAGCUGGCUCACUUUUCACUGUCAGUUGUGCACUGCUGGACUCCUGGCUCAAAAUGAGCUUUUUACCCUCCUCUCCUCUGGACUGUCCCUCUUCGACUAGCAUAGGAGCUGUUUGAAGCCAUUCAGGUGUUUGCACCUGGUAGGAGAUGUCCCUAGCCCCACUGUCACACCGCACUCAGAUUAUUAAAGACUACUUCAAAAGACGAGUAAUUAGGCACUACAACAACAGCUUAUGCUUACGUUGCAAAGAAAACUAGCUACUUUCUUGUUAGAGCUGGAGAGGUGUAGAGGAUAUUUAUGAACAGACUGUAUACGCUGUUUAAUUUCCCCAACUUUUCAAACCAGUUUCAAGCCAGUUGGGAUGAGUGGUAGAAACCCCCCCUGCACCAUUUCCACAACAGCAACAGCAGCUGUGAACUCCUGCCUCCUGACACACGCAACGCUGGAAAGAGCUGUCAGGAACUACUGCCAUCAUUGCACAAUCGACGUGUUUUAUCAAGUGACCGCUGCCUGGGGUAAAGCCUUAGACAUUCCCACGGGUACCGCACAGGACGUGUGCAAUCGCAGCCCCGACUCGGAGCAGGAGCUACGCGUUCCUGCCGUGCUUGUGGCAGUUCAGUGCCUAACGCCAAAUGCCUGACCUUUUCCAAUUCUGAAAGGGUUCAGUAAACAUGUGUGGAGUGUCAGACAGGAGCACAUUCAUCUUGGCCCUUGGGCAGUCCCUGUAGGCUACAAAAUGGACGGAUGGGGACUGUGCUGCCCCACAGACAAGGAGGGGGAAGCUGGGCAUUUGGUAGUUGCCUAAAGCAGGUGGUUCUCCCAUCAGCAACAUGAGAUGCUUUGCACAAAGCAGCUUUCGCAUGCUCUGAAAAUCACGAGAAAAUGGUUUGUUCUUCUCGCUGGCCUGGAAGUGUUGCAAAACUGUGCUUGGGAAGUGGUAAGGGGGCAGGGAGGAAGCAGCUUUGAUUUUUUUUUCUGGUGGGAAAUAUUACAUUUCAUGAAGAUGAGCUCUGAGAGUAAUGGCAAUAACCCUGUUCCAUCACAGCAGCCCGUGUGGGCACAUCUUAGCAACUCUUCGGUUGUGGGCGCAGUCGGGGCUGCGGGGGCAGCUCUGCUCCUGGCAGUUAUUGCAGGCUCAGUGAUUGCCAUGAAGAAAAGGAGAGCCACUCAGGGAACGUACAGCCCCA